UUGAAGCCCUCCACUCUUCCACUUCAUUUUCCUCCUACUUUCUGGGGGAAUAAAGCCUCAUGCUUUAUGAAUAAAUAGCUUCCUCCUGAUUCCGCAGUCUCACAGAUUCAAGUAAAAGGAUAGAAACCAUGGGUUCCGUUGCUCAAAAAUCAGCUCUCAUACUAUGCGGGGACUACAUGGAAGAUUAUGAAGUGAUUGUGCCCUUCUUUAUGCUUCAAUCCUUGGGUGUGAGGGUUGAUUGUGCCUCUCCCGGCAAGCGUUCCGGCGAUAAAUGCUUCACCGCCAUUCAUGAUUACUUGGGCUUUGAGCUAUAUACAGAAUUACAGGGCCAUUUCUUCACACUCAACGCAAACUACGAGGACGAAACUGUAGAAUCGUAUGAUACACUCAUAAUACCUGGAGGCAGGUUUACUGAGAUCCUCAGCGCUGAUGACAAGGUGAUCAGUAUGGUAAGAAGAUUUGCAGAAACAGGGAAGCCUUUAAUCACAAGCUGCCAUAGCCAACUCAUGUUGGCAGCAGCAGGACUCCUCCAAGGCAAGCGAUGCACUGCUUUUACCAGCUUGAAACCCAUCAUUGAGCUUGCAGGAGGCACCUGGUGGGAGCAGCCUGGUGUAGAAUCGGUUCUUGACAUUACUGCUUGUCUUAAGGACGGCAAUCUUGUUAGUUCUAUUGGGUGGCCAGGACACGGUGAAUAUAUGAGAGUUCUACUUGAGUCCAUGGGAGCCAAAAUUUCAAGAUCCCACAUGAAUUCAGUACUGGUUGUGUUAGCGGAUUAUGUAGAAGAUUACGAGGUAAAUGUACCAUUCCGGGCUCUACAAGGUCUGGGCUGCAAGGUUGAUGCAGUUUGCCCAAGCAAGAAAAAGGGGGAGAGCUGCGUUACCGCCAUCCAGGACGACGAGGGAGCCCUAGUAUGCAGCGAAAAGCGGGGCCACAACUUCGUAGUUAACGCUAACUGGAGUGACAUUUCCGUUGAUGACUAUGACUGCUUGGUGUUGCCUGGAGGCAGGUCCCCGGAGUUGCUGGUCAUAAAUGAGAAAGUGGUUUCUUUGAUCAAGGAAUUCGCUGACAGGGGCAAGAUCGUUGCAGCAAUUGGACAAGGGAAGUGGCUUCUGGCUGCUGCCGGUACUCUAAAGGGAAAGAGAUGCGCAAGCAGCCAUGGAAUGAAGGCCAUUGUAAAGGUGGGUGGUGGGGAAGUGGUGGAGUCUGAAGGGUGUGUGAGGCACGGCAACCUAGUGACUGCUAGUGGAUGGCCUGCUCUUCCAGCCUUUUUAACAGAGUUGACUAGAGCCCUUGGCUUGUCUGUGGUGUUCUGAAAUGGGAAAGGCUAGCUUUGGUUUCCCUUGUAUUUGUGCAAUGUUGAAUAAAGGAUGUAACAUUUGAAACGGUUUCAGAAUCAAAUGAAAUCAUACGUACGGUUCUUAUA